AAUGAGUGAAGAAGGAUGUGAGCUACUGUCAGAGACUCUAAAAAGUUUGCAGGUGAAGUUGAAGUUGCUGAAGGAUGGACCAAGUAAUAACGAAGUUGGAGGGUCCAGCUCUCAAACACAAUAUAUGAAAGACCCUAAGAGAGUGAGGUGCAAAGGAAGGUCGAAAGGAGUAACGGGAGCAAAGGAAAAGGCAAUGAAGCGAGGGAUUAGACACUGUCGGGAGUGUGGACACAUUGGUCAUGAUAGAAGACAAUGCCCAGCCUUGAACACACCGACAUCACCGUCGAACAAUGACGAAUCAACUCGAAUUCAUCAUAGUGACCCAUUAUUCGACGAUUUUGACAGGAUGCACGGACCAACUGAAUGAUUUAUAUUUGUAUUAGACGAAAUGUGGUUGUUAUGAAGAUUAAUGAUCAGGUGAAGUUUUAUAGAUUCA